AUGGAUGUACUUUUGAAAAAGAGAAGUAGUUACAUAUACAUUCAAGUGUUGAGGGGCGGAAGUUUACGAUUUAAAAUAGUUGCUUACUUGACCACUAUAUCGUCCUCACUCGUUUUCGCCCUAACCCCAAAUCUGACUCCAAAUCUACAGUUAAAUCCAGUUUUUCAUCAUUUCAUAAACCCUAAUUCAUAUCGGAACAUCCUUCAGAAUGGCAGAGCCAAUCAUACUCCUCUCACCAAGAUUCAAUAUGCUUCUGCUAUGAAACAUCAUGAUUCUGCUAAAUCUACUCAAGAAAGCUCAAGUAGUGCUACCACAAAAACCCCUCCAGUUGAGCCAUCUGUAUCCCCUGAAAUCCAAUCCAGCUUGUAUCGAUCUGUUCAUGUUUCAGGAGCUGCACCUUCAACAUGUUAUGCUGCUGGACAUGUGAUUUCUGGUGUCACUGACAGAAGAAAAUGCAAAGCUAGAGGGAUUCUUUCAGCUGGAAGAAGUAAACCCCCUGAACAUGACAUUUUUGAAAAAACUAGUCCUUCUUUGAUGAUACCUUUUCCUACUGAAGCUUCAAUUAGUUGGCAUUUAUCACCAAUUUAUGUAGACAACAAUGACAAUGAUGAUGAUGAUGAUGAUGAUGAUGAUGAUGAUGGAAAAGGCGAUUACUCAAAAGGGUUGUCCUCAGUUUCUCUUCAUGAUACACCACAAGAAGAGAGAAUAUUAUCAUUGGAUUUCAAUGGAGAAUGUUCUCCAUUUUCAGCUGAAUUUUUGAGUAGUGGGAAUGUUAUGCAAACUCCAAACUCAGAUUCAAGCUUUGAAGGUGUUCAAUUGAAAUAUAAGUUUGAAUCUGAACUUGAUCAGGUGAAAGAGAAAGAUGUUCUUGAACAUGAAAGGUUAACUCCUAAAGAAUCACAAAUGCGCAUAUCUUGGAGAGAUGAAGUCACUUUUGAUAAAGAUGAUUUAGAUUGCUGUAGAUUGUUGUCAGAUGAAGAAAUUGAUGAGAAUGGAUUGUUGAAGUCUCCUAAGUUUUUUGAGCAUCAUGGAAAGGAGAAAGAAAGUUUAUUUCCUACUCGAAUCAAUCCUUGUGAGGAGUCUGUAUGCACUGAUGAUGGUGGAUUGACUAUAUCUGUUGACUCAGACUGGAGUCUACACUACAAAAAACCAGUCUUUUGA